AUGCUCGGCAAAGUAGCCCUCGAAGAAGCAUUCGCUUUACCCCGAUUUGCGGAGAGAACAAGAUGGUGGGCAUCCAUGUUCGCUGUGAAUCCAGACAAGCAUGCUCGGGAAAUGAACGACAUCAACGACAUUCGAAUUCAGUACAUGGAUAAAUAUGGAGUUGGGUAUCAGAUUCUGUCGUACACGGCUCCAGGAGUCCAGGAUGUCUUCGACAGGAAGGAAGCAGAAGCGUUGGCUGUUGAGAUCAAUGACUACCUCGCAUCAACGAUCAAGGCUCAUCCAGAUAGGUUUGGAGCAUUUGCCACGCUGUCAAUGCAUGAUCCUAAACAAGCAGCAGAUGAGCUUCGACGCUGCGUUCUGCAGUAUGGAUUCAAGGGUGCGCUGGUGAACGACACUCAACGAGCAGGUUCUGACGGAGACGACAUGAUCUUUUAUGACUCGGCGGAAUGGGAUGUCUUCUGGUCGACGGUGACCGAACUGGAUGUCCCAUUCUACUUGCAUCCUCGCAAUCCGACGGGAACCAUGUAUGAGAAGCUCUGGGCGGCGAGGAAAUGGCUCGUUGGGCCUCCACUGAGUUUUGCCCAUGGAGUCAGUCUGCAUCUCCUGGGGAUGGUGACGAACGGCGUGUUCGACCGACAUCCUCGACUACAGGUGGUCAUCGGACACCUGGGCGAGCACCUCCCUUUCGACCUUUGGCGGAUCAAUCACUGGUUCGAAGACGUCAAGAAGCCGCUGGGGCUGAAGGAAACAUGCAAGAAGACGAUCCGGGAGUAUUUUGCCCAGAACAUCUGGAUCACCACCAGCGGGCACUUUUCGACGCCGACCUUACAUUUCUGCCUGAACGAAGUCGGGGCUGAUCGGAUCCUGUUUUCGAUCGACUAUCCGUUCGAGAAGUUCGAAGAUGCGUGUGAGUGGUAUGACAAUGCCGAGAUCAAUGAGGUGGACAGAAGGAAGAUUGGCAAGGACAAUGCGAGGAAGCUGUUUAAGCUGCCAGAUUUCAAGGACUGCGAUGCGUGA